AUGAUCUUCCCCAACGCGGCCUCCCUGAACCUGCCGCCCACCCGCUUCGCGCUUAAAGCGCGGCCCUACUUCAUCGGGCUGCUGGGAGUGCAAGCCCUGCUGAUGGUGGCCAGGUUUCUCAUCUUGGACGUGUGGGGAGCUCUGCUGUCGCUGCUGAUUCUGACUUUGGGGACCUUCGUCCUGGCCACCGGAGCAGGGGUGGACACAGGCUAUUGCCUCUACUACGGACUCAUGUGCCUGGUGAACGGGAUCUUCGAUGCCAUCCUCUUCUUGGAGAGGGCGGUCCAUGUGAAGUAUCCCUUGUUUUCAAGGCAUGCACCAGCGGUCUUCAACGCCGCUUCGGGCGUCUUCUUGGUCUGCCCAAUCAUCGAAUUAGCUGCGGCUUCCCUGGCUGCAGCGAUCUACAUCGAGGCAUCCGAGCAGGAGAGCCGGCUUCUGAUGCCCAGCCUGCAGCAGCUGGAUUUCGGCUCGGCGCAGGAGAGUGAGGCCCGCCGCCCAUCGGAGCAGUUCCAAGCCUUCACAGGCCGCAGCUACCACCUCUGA